UCCGUGUUGUUUACACCUGCAGUGAUAUCUGCACGAGACGCAAAGGUCAUGGAGAUAAGAAUCGAUGAGGAAGAGAGGACUACAGACACAUGUGCGCCUCACAAAAGACUUCCGACCUCCUACUGGAAAAAGUACAAUGGACCGCCACUCGAAGCUGUUGUUCGUUUCUACUUGUGAAUUUCAGCGUUCACGUAACACAACAAUGGCAGUAUCCAUGGAGGCGCAAAUUGUAAAUGCAACACACCUUGUGAACAUGAGCAGCCGAGCAUCAGAGCAGCACUUCACAGACCCUCCUCCCCCUGUUUUCUCAAGGGGCUUUUUACGCGCCGUUGGAUGCUUCGGCUCUCCUUCUCUGUGGCGCUGUACCACCUGCACCGUAUCAGACCGACGCUCCUGCUUGAAGGCUACUGACUGCAUCGCUCUACAUUCCUGUGGACUGGACCCCGAAAGGUGCAGCAGGAUGCAGGGCGUACUGCCUGUGUGUGGACUGCAGCCCCUGCUGGCCCUCCUUCUGCUUCAAACUGCGGGCUGCGGCUUAACCAGCGCCGACACUGUGGUGAAUAUGAGGAAGGUGACCCAUCAGACCAUUAGCGAGGAGCUGUCCAAAACCGUUCUCCUCCCCUGCCUCUUCACUCUCCGUCCCGGUGCCAGUUCAUCCCAUGAGCCCCCCAGGAUCAAGUGGACCAAGGUUUGGGGCCAGAGAGGCUCAGACGGCCUGCAGAAGGAACAGUCGGUCCUGGUGGCCAAAGACAACGUGGUCAAGGUGAAGAAGGCCUUCCAGGGUCGUGUGACGCUGCCUGGUUACAAUGAGAACCGUUACAACGCCAGUCUCGCUCUGUCAGGGCUACGUUCCAGCGACUCUGGUCUGUACCGCUGUGAGGUCGUGGUGGGCAUCAGUGACGAGCAGGACACAGUACCUCUGGAGGUCACAGGUGUGGUAUUUCACUACCGGGCCCCUCAUGACCGAUACGCCCUAUCCUUCGCUGACGCCAAGAGAGUGUGUGUGGAGAACUCAGCGGUCAUCGCAACACCCGGCCAGCUGCAGGCGACCUUCGCUGAUGGAUAUGACAACUGUGAUGCCGGCUGGCUGUCUGACCAGACUGUACGGUAUCCCAUCCAGUCACCUCGGCCCGGUUGCUAUGGUGAUCGGGAGGACUCACCUGGAGUCCGUAACUACGGCGAUAGGUCCCCUGAUGAGCUUUUUGAUGUCUACUGCUUCGCUAAGAAGCUUCAAGGUGAGGUCUUCCACUCCACAGUGCAGGAGAAGUUGAGCCUGGCCACAGCCUCCACCCACUGUCAUUCCCUUGGAGCCCAGCUGGCCACUGUCGGGCAGCUCUACCUCGCCUGGCAGGCCGGCCUGGACCAGUGUGACCCGGGCUGGCUCGCCGACGGCAGCGCCCGCUACCCUAUCAAUGUUCCACGGAAGAACUGUGGCGGAGACGAGCCCGGGGUGCGGACCGUCUACAACAAUCCCAACCGCACUGGUUUCCCCGACACCACAGCUCUGUACGACGCCUACUGCUACCGAGCCCACCAGUCAGCGGGAGUCCAGGCUGCUGAGGCGCAGGCUUUGUUCCAACCCAACCCAGCAGCAGAGGCCACCUCCUCAGUCACUGAAGCCCAGCCUAGCAUGCAUUUUUCCAAAACUUCCACCUGGACAGGCUUGGUUGACUUGGACAACGAAAGUGUCCGCUCCAUUGCUGGAAACAACAACUCUGCUGAGAUCUCUGAAGAGCACGUUGUCAUCCACUUAAGGCCGGAGGAAGACUGGGAUGAAAAACAGGACAGACCCAGAGUCAGCCAACCCAGCCAGGAGGAGUCUGGCCCAAAGAAUAGCAACACUAUGGGCCUUUCUGACCUCGAAAACCUGGAGAGCCAAGGAGGUUCUGCUCACGAAGAAGAAGACGCUGCCUCUUUUGGAUCAACAUUAUCCUCCGUGACUUCUUCCACUCCUCAGCCUCAGACUAGUAACAGUGUGUUGGCUGAGUUUGUUAACACUCUGAUGAGACCCUUCAGGUACUGGAGAGGAGGCGAGGAGGUGGAGGCAGAAAAGGCGCUCUCAGGGCUUGAGGAAAAAGCAGGAGAGAACCAAACGCAGGGAGAAGCAUCCAGCAGAAACCCGAGUAUACCAAAACCAAGUGGAAACAAGGGGAGCAUGGACAAUGCCAUUCUGGAGCACAGGAGUGCUAGUUUUCCUUUCAGGACUCCUACCAGUGGAGUACAGAAUCAAGAGGAAGGGCUGUCUGAGCAGGAGAAAGAGGUGAUGCCACUGGUCCGAUUAGUGCCUGCAGUCAAAAGCACAGGGCAAAAUGACACCACCACUCAGCCAGGACAACGAGCCUCCAGCACACCUGCGGACAACAAUCCAUCCAGCAGUAACGACUUCACUGCAUCAGGUCCAAGCGAGAGAUCACCACCCAGCGAACAUGUCAACGUAUCCGGCCCUCAGGGACCCCGAGGAGGCCCCGCCUUUGCUCCCGCCCCCAGCAGCCACUUUCGAUGGGCCAUCAAAUCCAUGCGAGCCUCCAAGCUCGGCCCUCCUGGGAAUGUGGCUUACGUGGGUAAACGUCCCAACUGGGAGCCGAUGGAAGCUAAAGCAGGGCCGCUCGAAGUGAUGACCUUGCCCACGUCCCUUCGACAGGACAUCCCGGAGAACUACUCAGGUCUGGGGAGGGACCAGGACGGAGAAGAUGCUACUUCGCCAGCAGCUGCUAGAGCUGCGUCAGGAGAGGAGAAGGAGAUCGAGGGGAGCAGUGAUGGGAGUAACUUUCCUGGUGGGUUUGGAUUGAAAGGCAACAACUUGGACACCAAGCAGAGUCCUGAAACAAAGUCUGCACUCGGCGAAAGCCAGACUGAGGUUGUAGCUGUGGCAGAGCACACUACUCUGUCCCAGUGGCAGCUCGUGCAGCAGCCCACCACCCCACCUCAGGGCUCCCAGGAGCCACACACAGCAGAGGAGGCCAGGGGGGAGAUCCUCUACAUCCGCCGGCCCACUGAGAACCUCUCCUCUGCUCCUUCACUGAGAGAAGAAAGUAGCUCAAAUUCAGGUUUCACUUCUCUUUUUAGGAAGAACAGCAAAGACACAAACAAAAAUGAGGCUGUGACUUCCACACCUGAAGCACGUAUGGAGGUGCUGACAACUUCUGAGGUGACCACAGUGGAGCUUCUGACAACCAGAGACACGCAGAGGACGGAUCCUAUCACGACAGCAACCCCCACAGAAAAUUCCUCGGAGAGAACCACCACUGAGGAGUCUUCUAUUUCUAUAUCUUGGGUUCAGGAAGAGACGGAGAAAACAACACCUGACCCGCACCUCACAGCUACACCAGCACCUGGAUCUCACACCUCUACGGGAGUCAUUCAGUUGACUACGUUUGCGUCAGACUCCAACGUCGGCGCCACACAAAUGGAAUCAAGGUCGGCAGUGUCGGAGUCUUUCGUGGUUGGAAGUCGGUGGACACCUUUCAAAGACAUGAGCACAAAGUCGGAGGAACACAAAACUACAAAAGACACAAACAACCCUUUCGGCAUCCUCGUACCCAACUGGGCGUUCGGGCUGAUCCCAUCAGUGGAGAACAACCCAUGCCAGACCAACCCCUGUCUCCACGGAGGGAGCUGCCUGCAGGAAGGUGAUGGCUAUAGCUGCUACUGUCCUCAGGGCUUCUCUGGAGAGAGCUGCGAGAUCGACAUUGACGACUGCCAGUCUAAUCCAUGCCAGAACGGAGGAACCUGCAUCGAUGAGAUCAACUCCUUUGUGUGUCUUUGUCUGCCCAGCUACGGGGGAGCUACUUGUGAGAAAGACACCGAGGGCUGCGAGCACACGUGGAGGAAGUUUCAUGGUCACUGCUACAGGUACUUCACCCGGAGACACACCUGGGAGGACGCCGAGAAGGACUGCAGGGAGCAUAGCGGACACCUGGCUAGUAUCCACAGCCUGGCCGAGCAGAACUUCAUCAGAGGUCUAAGCCACGACAACACCUGGAUCGGGUUAAAUGAUCGUACAGUGGAGGACGACUUUCAGUGGACAGACAAGAUGGACCUGCAAUAUGAGAACUGGCGUGAAAACCAACCAGACAACUUCUUUGCUGGAGGAGAAGACUGCGUGGUGAUGAUUGCUCACGAAAACGGCAAAUGGAAUGACGUGCCCUGCAACUACAAUCUGCCGUACGUCUGCAAGAAAGGAACAGUACUUUGCGGAGCCCCUCCCACCGUGGAUAAUGCCUUCCUGAUUGGUCGGAAGCGUUCCCACUAUGACAUCCACUCGGUAGUGCGCUACCAGUGUGCCGACGGCUUCCUGCAGCGCCACGUGCCCACUGCUAAGUGUCGUGCCAACGGCAAGUGGGACCGGCCUAAAAUCAUCUGCAUAAAAUCCCGGAGAGCCCACCGCUACCGGCGCCACCACCACAAGGGCAGGAGGGAGCGCAGGAAGCACAAGAGGCACGGCCACAGGGAGGGAGGGCACCACGGAGGAGAGCUGGGCCACAACCACGCCCACGUCUGAACCAAAAAAGAAAUAAUCCCACCCUCCUUUCCUUUUCCUCUCUGCUGCCAACUUGCCUGUCUCCCUGUCGUCCCUUCCUCUCGUCCCCACACACUCCUUCACACUUUACAGCUCAAAACUCUCUGCCCAAGCCCCCCCUCCUCC